GUAUGAUAACAAUAAUCACCAUUCCUAUUCAGUAUCGCAAUUUAUGAUAUACAGUGUCCAAGGACGAUCUAGGUGACCUUCAUAAUUUCAUGAGUACCUCCAACUCUUCUUCUUGAUGUGACUCCAGGCUUAAUUUUAUUGCGAUGGCAGGCCAAUCAGGAAACAUAACUCGACAGGAGACUGUGCCCAAUACAGCAUUCCCGCCACCUCCAGUAGCUGGGCUUUUCUGCUCGAGUACUGGGAACGCCUCCUGCGGCGAUGCGGAGCGUGCUCACAAAUUCUGUGAAGAAUUCCCUCUAUAUCGCCCCGUCAAACCAUUUGAUGCUAUGUACAGCUCUGUACAGAGAUAUGAUUUGUGUCCUUCACGCUCACCAGAGUUUUGCGGGAACAUAUCUGUGGUUGAUCAGGGGCGUUGGAGAGGGUCUACAACUAACGGAAACGGUGAUUGUCUUCUAACGACGAACCUGCCGCUCUAUUUCUCCAUGAAAGAUUCUCCAUUCCUUACAAAGACAAGCAAGACAAUUUACUUCGAAGUUAGACUAAUCGACAUCCGUGAUGGUCCUGCAACACAGUCCACCGAUGACAGCGGGUUUUCUGUCGGAUUCGUGGCACAGCCGUACCCCACCUGGAGAUUUCCAGGGUGGGAAAGGGGAAGUCUUGGUGUAUUCUCCGAUGAUGGAUGCCGCUUCGUGAACGAUUCUUGGGGCGGGAAGAGCUUCACGAGCAAGUUUACGAUAGGAGAGACUGUUGGCUUAGGGAUGACAUUCCGCCUCCCAAUGAAAGCGCCCUCGACCCCAGCAAAUGAAGACGAGAAGGUCAAUGUUGAAGUCUUCUUUACCCGCAAUAGGCUGGGAGGGGAUUUUGAUUUGUAUGGAGCUCUCGGACUUUUUGGGGGCGUGGACUUUGAGGUCUUGUUUGAUCCUGCGGUCUGGCUAUGGACCCCUCAGGACCGAUUCUAGAAGUCUUCUAGUUCUACUAUUCCGCG